AUGCUACCCAUCUUGCAGUGUAGUCAUAAUGGUGGAUUUGUCAAAGAAGUAUGUACAGAAAAUGAAGAACUGCCAUCUAUGUCUGGAGAAGUGAGGUGUAACAUGGGUUAUACUUGUGACACAGUCAGCUGUUGUGUUGAUAUAGUAGAUCUGGAUAGAACAAUGGAAGUAUCAUUAUCAAUAGACCACUGCAAUAGGAAACUAACUUUACAACUUGAAAGAUUGUCAGAGGAAAUAUCAUUGAUGGAUUACAAAUGGGGUACUUUGAUAAAGCAUGGACUUGUUGGUGUGUUGAGAACUGAAAUUGUCGUUUACAACUUGGCAGCAGAAAACAGUUAUAUGGUAUACUUUAACAUUUUGGUGUGUCUGGAAGCAAAUGGUACCUGCUCAGUAAAUGAAGUCAUCCUAGAUGGGAGAAAAAUAAUCAAAGAAGUCUGUGACAGAUCAAAGGAAAAUGAAGUUUCUCUGGCUGCUUGGCUUGAAGGGAAGAGCUUGCCAAAAUCUUCAGAGAGCUUGCCUGUGUGGGCAGAAUUUCAACUAAAACAGGAUCUGAAAAUAGAUCAGUUUCUCAAAGAGAACCCUUGCAAUCUUAAAAGUUACAAUGAGAAUGAAUGUCAGUCUGCAGAUAUGAAAGUAUUACCAGAGGACAAAAAUAGUAGUUUUUCAUGCAUUGUAUCUAAAGAUUGCAAGAGUGUGGAAUGUUGUGUCAAUCUUCCAGUCUUAAACACAUCAGUUACACCUGUGUUCAGUAUUGAGGAAUGUAGAAACAUCUUAAUACUAGAAAUUGACAAUUUAGUUCAUAAUUUAAAAUUGUCAGAAAUUUUAUAUGGUAACCAUUACACCUUUGGAUUACUGGGAAUAGUAAAACUAGACUACAUUAUAGAUACACCCUCUCCAGAUACAUUCAGCCUCAACCUAAAUAUAUCUGUUUGCAUGGAACCAAAUAAUGAUUGUGAGUUUGAGAUUGUGAUCUUCAAUGAUACAGUUGUUAAUCGGCAAAAUUGUGACCAAGCCCCUGGAUUCUUGAACCCAUCAUUUUCACUAGAGGACUGGUUAACAAGUAGAAAUAUGACCGUGGAGAAUACAACAGUUAUUACAGCCAAUGAUUUGAUGACAGAACUUGGUCUCUCUGAUUAUAUUGGGUGGUCAAAUAUUUGUGAUGUCAACAUGAUGCCUUAUAAUGGAUCUGUGAAUGGAUGGAAGAAUGAAUGUACUAAUAUAACGGCACCAUCUAUCAAGCUAAAUCAUAGUGUUGCUUGCUACAUUACUGAGACUUGUGAUAAAGUUACCUGUUGUGCUGAAGUUCCUGUUCUUAAAAGAUACAUCUAUUCAUCUGUCAAUCUCAGAACUUGUGAUUAUAUACUUGAAAUAGACCUUGAGGAAAAUCACUAUGAAUUCAGCUUGAUUAAUUAUAAAUGGGGUAAACAAGAGAGUAUACAGAUUCAUGGAGUGUUACAGCUUGUGUAA